GCUACCGGACUUUUACAAGCUGCCGGCAUCAUUGACCAAGUUGUCGUUCGGAAUCCCGGGGGGCAGCUUUGUUCGGCCCGCCCGAGUCGUGCUCAACUCCUACGGCGCCAUGUCUCGGGAUCUCCCAGGGGCGUGUACGCGAAUAGUUAGGAUUUCAGGGCGUGAUCUGGGUAGGUUCAAGGAGAACGACGCUCGGGGGAGAUUAGGAUGCUGGGAGGUUUCUCAAACUCCAUCGCCGGAUAUCGAAAUCCUUGCCGAGGCCGCGGACUAUCUCAGGACUAAAGAUACCCCUGUUGCUUUUCCGACAGAGACUGUCUAUGGACUUGGGGCAGACUCGACCAGGAGUGCGGCCGUGAGAGGCAUCUAUUCCGCUAAGGGGAGGCCAUCGGAUAAUCCCUUAAUUGUUCAUGUCUCGGACCUAGAGAUGCUUCAAGACAUUCUAGCCCCCCCGAGCACCACGAACGGGGUGGCAGCCACGAGCAACGACCGUAUACCUAAAAGAUACAAGCCGGUUAUAGAGCGUUUCUGGCCGGGUCCAUUGACGAUACUGCUCCCGAACCCGACCCCUUCCAAACUAGCCCCCGAAGUCACAGCGGGGCUGAAAACCUUUGGCGUUCGGAUGCCGAAAUCACCCCUAGCUCUCUCGCUCAUCAAACUGACAGGCGCGCCCCUAGCCGCUCCAUCAGCAAACGCCUCUACGAGGCCCUCGCCAACUGCUGCUGAACAUGUAUUGGAGGACCUCGAUGGCCGCAUCGAGCUUAUACUCGACGGGGGCCUCUGCCCUGUUGGUGUUGAGAGCACGGUGGUCGACGGCCUAUGUGACCCUCCGGUGAUCCUUCGGCCGGGGGGAGUGAGUAUAGAUGAGUUGCGGAGCUGUCCUGGCUGGGAAAAGGUCGAAAAGGGGUACCGGGAUGAGAGCGAGGCGGGCAAAUCCGCGCCGAGGGCGCCGGGGAUGAAAUAUAAGCACUACAGCCCCAAAGCAAAGGUAAUUCUAUACGAGGCAACCGUCGGGAUGAGCCAGGGCGACAUGCUGGCCCAGGACGUCGAAGCGUUCGUUGAAGGCCGGCAUGCCCGGCAGAUACCAACAACCGAAGGCGAAGCAUUGCGAAUUGGUAUAAUACGGACCCGGUGCUGGAAGCCCGCCGCCGGAUUGCGCUGCAGCCGCUUCGAGAAGGGAGAGACGACGGGGACAGCGACUGGUCAGGGAACCCAAGGGGCUGAGCUUGACGUUCAAGAAGCGGAAUUUUAUGACAACGCAGGCCAACGUCUCGCUGGAAGGCUUAUGGAUGUAAGCAUAGGGAAGGACGCUAGGAGCGUAGCGCAAGGGCUUUUCUCGGCGCUGCGGGAGCUAGAUAGACGAAGCGCAGACAUCAUUUUUGUGGAGGGUAUAGAAGACAACGAAGACAUCGGCGCGGCGGUCAUGAAUAGGCUACGCAAAGCAGCUUCUCAGAUUAGAUCGUAGGCCACAAUCGGCGCGACCACUCCACUUCAGCUCGGCAAAUAUCCCGUUGACAAGAAACACCGACUUUUCGCCAACGCUGUGCCGAAGUCUAUUUAUAACGUCUGGGGCUAUCUCAUAGUGUUUCUCGUAUCUCUAUGUGGUAUGAGGUAUAGUAUGCUGAAGAGAAUCGCGGUCCCUCACAAGCCUUGCCUCAACCAGUCUGUCAACUUGGCCUUUCCUAAUUGCGCUAGGUUGUUCACGCCUUGCUCGCUGAGAUCGAUACGGCUUAGGUUAACAUCUUGCGUCGGCGCCUUGCUGACUCUCUGCACGAUGAUGGUCGGGUCGGUUUCCAGGAUGAUACCGUCGUCGACGAUCUCGUCGAUGGCGAGCGAUACCAGGUCGUAAUUUUCGAUGAUGGUCCGCUUGUCAACCGACUGCCUAUGUUUUGUUAGUCGCGCCGGCGCACUAGGCUUCUCGCAAA